AUGCAGCGAGUUGGCGACUUUCGCUGUGCUUUGGAAACUGGCAAGACGCCAUCACCAGGAAAUCACAUUGUCCUGCUCCCGAUAGCCCCGACGGCGACCGCAGCCCGGGACUCACUCGGGGCUGGACACUCGGAUGCAGCACGCACACACACAAAAAGAAAAAAAAAAAAAAGAGUUGGGUGCCUCACGCAGCGGACCGCGCCGCAGCCUUCAUCCUCAGGGCUUGGUUCCGCAGGACACUGCCACCCCUCCCGUGUCGCCCGCACCCACGCUACAGGUGACCAGACGGACAGCGAACUUUGGGCUGCAGAGACCACUCGGCACCGGCCGAGUGCAAAGACCGCGUGCUGCGCGCUCAUUGUCGCAGCCGCGUCCCUGCGGACUUCUCCAACAACGCCACGCCGCGUGCGUCGCGCAACCCCGGCGCUGGCCCUCACCGGCUGCUUUCAGCCUGUGUGGCCGCCGGCUCCAGGCAGUGGCAAGUUAGUUUCCGAGCUCCGGCUUUGUUGUUCACCCGCGUGCAAACCAUCGCGAGCGGCGCGGGAGCGCAACACGCGGGUGCACGCGGCGCCCGAGCCCCCGGCCGGAGCCCACACGGGAUCUGAGACCCGGACCCUGCUCUCCGGGUCGGCAGAGAACACUACGACUGAGAAAAGUCAUUGUCACCUUCAGCGUGGAUGCAAGUCCGCCGCUGCUCGUUCGUUUCCACGCUGCACUCACUUUCCCCACACCCUGACUUUCGGUUUACCUCAAAUAUCCUCCCCAAUUAAGAAGCGCAUCUCCAACACCUCUGUACAAAAGACUCUGGAGUCCGGAGAGCACGAGGACAGCGCUCCCCGCAAUGCCAUCUCCAAGACAAAACUUCCUGUGUGUUUGUGUAUGGGAAGGACGGAGGAGGCGGGGGAGGUAAAGGGAGGAAAGAAAAAAAAUCACAGAAAGCAAAACCUCGGAGACAGUUUUGCACCGGUGUCCAGACUAGAAUCACUCACCUUCCACGCGCAGCAGCGUCCCCACGGUGCAAACUGCACCAGGCCAACCCCCUGCAAGCACUCCCUCCGCCAGCGCCGAGUCCAGAAAGAUUGUCUCCAGCAGUUCUUCAGUUGCUACCGCGGACGGAGGUAUAGAUUCCGCUUUCCCUCUGCGCAGGCGCGGCUCCCGGGACCAAAUUCUCUUGAAUCGAGCUUAUUUGCAUACGGGCGCGUGCGCGCCGUGGGCUGGGCGGGGAGAGGGCAGGGCGUCCGCGCGCGUCCCCGCGGCCUCUAUUGUCCUUUUAAGGGGAGAAGCGGCGAGGCGCGGGAAACGCGGCGGCCCGCAGGGACGGGGGCGGGGCCUGCCUACUACGCAACGUCACGUAAACAAACGCCCGGGGGAAGGAGGCGACGCGGGGGCGUGGCAGGACGCGAAAGGUGUAAAGGGCCUGGCUGGGUGAGACUGCUCAACUGGUACUUUCAAGCCUGACCGCCUGAAGGCGAGAUCCGACUUCUGCAAACUCACUCCGCACACCAGAUGUAAAUAAAUUUUCAUUUCUCCAA